CGUUCUUUUCGUUCUGUAGCUGUAUGUCGGUUGGAGGCACAGAGCUCUGUGGCAGCUUGGCUAGAGGCAACGAAGACGAGCAAACGACACCACCUGAAACACAGAUAAGACACAGGCAUGCGUCCCCGCUCCAGACUCCUGGCUAAGAGGUGCCUGCCCACCAUCAGGGAGGGCUAUGAGGAGCUGGUCCAGGACAUGAACCAGGCCAACAGCCGCCACCUCCCUCCCCAUGGUCAGGCCCACUCACAGUCUACCCACGACUACUUCCUGUCCAUCUGCCAGCUCGCCCGACCAUCCUUCCCCCAGGGCGAACCCGACUGUGACAUCCUCACAGUGGGCUCGCUGGCCUCCCUGAGGCCCUGUCUGAGGCUGCACAGACUGAGGGACCCUGUGCCACCCUGUCAGCCUCUGAUCUCCAAGGUAAGCCGCCACAUACAGUUAGAGCAGGAGGAGAAUCAGAGGGAGUGUAGUGGCCCAGAGAGAGUGGUGGAUGCCAGCUCAGGUCAGACCUCCAGUAGGGUUGACCCCAGUGUCUCUGACCCCCUGGAGUUCCUCUACGGAAACAGGGAAGGACUCCUCUCAGCCACCUGUCGCGCCCCUGACUCACAGGGCUGGAGGGGUGAGGAGAGAGAGAGUGAUACCCAGCGUCGACCACAACCCCCGGUACGCGCCGACAGUUUCCCCCGCAUGUGCUCCUCGCCCCUGACCCAGCGCAAAAGCAGCUGCCCGGAGCUCUGCCUGGUGGACCCCACUGACCAAAAUAAGCCAAACCCUGACCCUGCUCCACCACAGACAUCCUCAUCAGACCAGCAGAAAUCUGAUGCCUCCAGCUCACUCUCAUGGAGGUUCCAGAACGACCCAGACAGGGCCCCUGCAGGUGAGAGGGGGAAGUGCACUCGCUACAUGGACAAGCACACAAUGGUAUCACACUGGAUCGCUGACUGUCGCUCGGCCUGGAGAGAAGCCAGAAUCAGGGCGUGCAUGCUUCCUGCCAUCGCAGAGAUGUAAACAGGUGUAGCGUUGUUAAGCCCCACUCAUAAGUAUUGUACAUUAUGGAUCCUUGAUGUACUACGUCCCGCUUAAUUGGUACGUUUGGAAAAUGCAGGUCCAUGUGGUAACGUGUACAAAUUGAGUUUUCAUGCCUGACCUUUUUGUACAGUAUGUAGUUUAAGACAUAUUGUAGACUAGCGCAUGCCUCACACAUAUCACAGUAGGUGGAAUGUUGACAGUGCCUAGAAGACAUCAGUAUUAGGGUAGCCUCGGGAAGUUGAACAAGACAGGAUUUUGGAAGGAUGACCACGCGAGACUAGUAUUAGGGUGAGUAAAGAUGUGUGGAAAAUAUGCAGAAUUUGCUAAAAGGAUCUCCUGUAGCUCAGUUGGUAGAGCAUGGCGCUUGCAACGCCAGGGUUGUGGGUUCGUUUCCCACGGGGGGCCAG